AAAGGUCAGUAAAUACAACAAGCUGUUUGAGAUCUCUUGAUUGUUACAUCUUCUGACUGCACAGGCCAGCGGCAUGGGUCGGCUUGAUGGGAAGAUCAUCCUGCUGUCUGCAGCAGCACAGGGGAUUGGACGAGCAGCUGCUAUAGCUUUUGCUAAAGAAGGAGCCAAAGUCAUUGCUACAGACAUCAACAAGUCUAAGCUGCAAGAACUGGAGAAAUAUCCAGGCAUUCAAAUACGGGUUCUGGAUGUCACCAAAAAGGAGCAGAUAGAAAAUCUGGCCAAGGAGAUUGAAAAGAUUGACGUCCUCUGUAAUGUUGCAGGGUUUGUCCAUCAUGGAACCAUUCUAGAGUGUGAGGAGCAAGACUGGAACUUCACUAUGAAUCUCAACGUUCACAGCAUGUAUCUAAUGAUCAGGACAUUUCUUCCUAAGAUGCUUAAACAGAAAUCUGGAAAUAUUAUAAACAUGUCUUCUGUGGCAUCCAGUAUUAAAGGAGUUGUGAACAGAUGUGUGUAUAGUACUUCAAAGGCCGCAGUUAUUGGUCUAACAAAGUCUGUGGCUGCUGAUUUCAUUGAAGAAGGCAUCAGGUGCAACUGCAUAUGUCCUGGAACUGUUGACACACCAUCUUUAUGGGAAAGAAUCCAAGCCCAGCCUAACCCAGAACAGGCAUUGAAAGACUUUCUAGCCAGACAGAAGACUGGUAGAAUGGCUAAUGCUGAAGAAGUAGCCCACCUCUUUGUAUACUUGGCCUCUGAUGAAUCUGCCUACAUGACUGGUAAUGAACUAAUCAUUGAUGGAGGAUGGAGCUUGUGAUUGACCCAACCUGCAAAUGGAAAUUCAUACCAUGAAAGGCAAGAAGUGAGGAUCAUGUUUCUCAGUUAAGAUAGCUUCCAGAGAUGUAAAUCGCACACAUCAUGGCUUUCAAAACAGAUUUGGUACAUUUUUACUGCUAUAUAAUCUUUUCUAGAUUGAUUUUACUGAUACAUUUUUCCCUAAAUAAUGGAACACUGGCAUAAAACAUUUAAUGUGUCUUUAGUUUAUGGUAACUCCAAAACAUGGAAGAAUAGUAAUUCAGUGUUUAAGAUUUCAGAGGGCCAGGUUGGAUGGGACUAGAGCAGACUGGUCUAGUGGAAGGUGUCCCUGCCCAUGGCAGGGGGGUUAGAAUUAGAUGAUCUUUAAGGUCCCUUCCAACCCAAACCAUUCUGUGAUUCUAGGGCAAAGAAUAUUAUUUAAGGUACAAAAUCAGAGUUGUGUUUUCAGUAAAUCUGAGUGAAAGGAAUUAAAUACUACCUUCAUCCCCAUCCUGCAGUAUUUGGAAGUUAAACAUCCACAGAUUUCCUACUAGCAUUGACAUACUAUCCAGAGAAAACAGCAACUACUACUAAACACCCAAAUGGAUCCUGAACUAAGUGUGGUUUACACAGAAGAAAGCAGAAAUAAUAGCAAAUUUGAAGAUUAGAACAUCCAAAUAAUUUUGUUACUGGUAAUAGAUAUUUCUAUAUUAGAGAACACGCUAGUUGCAGAUUGUACUUGAAAGCAUAUUCUGCUUUGCAAAUUCCAGUGUAAAUUCUGCUUUUUACUAUCAUUAGCAAAAUGUUUUGGAACUGUAAUACCUGUAGAAAAACAGCCUGAAUUGUUGAAAAGAACAUCCCAGGCCUUGACAAUACUUACAGAUCCAAAGUGGACAGUUCAAGACAGUCAAACAUUGUAGAUAAAUGGUGUAUGGGUACAUAAAACUUCCUGCGUGUACAGCAAAGAGUGUACGUCCACAACUGGUUUGUUCAACUGAAAUGUCCAUUUUCCAGAUCCUGGGCAAGUUAGGCUGUUGGAGUCUGAAAAAGCAGUAGUGUAAAAGGCAGGGCAACAGAUUACAUUAGAAGCAGUAGGACUGGCUAUUUUGUGGAGUUUGGGAGGUUUUUCUUCUUUAAGCACCUAUCAAAGAUGCUGUCUUCAUGAAGCAGAAAUGGAGAGGAGCCUGCUCUAAUGGUUAGGACUAAAGCUUGUAGCAUGUAGAGAGCAGAGAGAAUCGUGUGUAGUUUUACAGUCAGUUAGAGAAGGAAGACAUUAACUAGUACAAAAGAGGUCCUAGUGGAAGAAAUAGAGAGCAGAACUGUUUCAUUAAUGGUAUAGAUCAAUCCUAAAAUGGUCUUGGAAGUAUCAUUAUUAUAGUGGGGGUUUUUUCCCCUCCUAGCAUGUACAGAAAGUACUAUGCAAGGAUAUUGCUCUGGUAGGCAUGGAGGGGGGUAUAUGCGGGAGAAGUAUUCGUAAAUACACAGGUGGAUCUUCAUGAGUAUGCUUGAUUUCUGACACACAAGCAAAAGGAGUGGAUUUUACCACUCUGGAUAGAGCCAGUAUAUUCUUCUUAAAAAGGAUGUACUAAUAUUGGACAAAUAUUGUCAAAUCUAUAUGCUAGAUGCUAGGCUUUUGUAUUCUAUUGCUUGAUUCUCAAAUACCAGUACAGUAGUUCAUGCUAAAACAUGAAGCUAAGUUUCUCUGAAACGGACUGUUACAACAAGUUUGUGUUGAAGUUUUUAUUGAGAUAGCACAUGGUAGCUUUGAUUUAUGAAUCAGAAACCUAUGAUCGUAAAGUUUCACACUAUGGAAAACAUAGAUCCUGACCCAUAGAUCUAAGGCAAUGAAUAACCUGAGUUACAAAACUAACGGGUUUGCUAACAUACUGUUAAAAUUGACAUGAAUGACACAGGAUGACUGCCUAUAAAUAUGGUUACCUUAAAUUGCGCACAGCUCCAUUUUCCUAGUUUGUGAAUGAAGCUGUAUGUAACUUCAUAUAUAUUCAUAUAUAUUAAAUGCAUAUAUAUAUAUAUAUAUAUAUAUGUGGGGGGAGAAAUUAAAGAAUAAAUGCUACUGAAUAUGAUCAGUAAUCAGAAGGCACAGGGAAAAAUGCACAAUAUUUUGUGUGUCUCUAACAACAGCUGGCAUAUUUUUAAAAUGAUUGCUUAAACUUUUCAAUAAUAGCUGAAGCAUUAAUAUAAAUUACUUGAUUUCAAAGAUAAUGAAACAUGUCUAGUUAAAAUCAGGCUUCUUAUUUUAAAAUUGUAAGUAAAUGUAACCAUUAUCAAUGAGCAAGUAUUGUGUGUGUUGACUUCCUCAGGCUUGUUAUAGGUUUAACUUUUACCUUUAAUCAUGUUUGGAGCAUACUGAUCUUGUGUAGUUUGUUUAUGGGGUUUUGAGUAUCUCCUAUUUCAGUAAGUGACCCUGGCAGCCAAGCAGGAUCAAGUUGAGGCAGAAAUCCAAAAUUAUGCAAAUUGGCUCCACCAUUGUUCACUGAUGUAAAUCCAAACAUUAAAUUCAGGCUGGCAGGAUACUGUUUCAGUGUUUAACACAAAGGGCAAAGUCCUUCCUCUGUAGUAGGUGUAGAAGACUUGCCUUCAAAAGAGAAACACCCCACUGCAGGAACAUGGAAAACUUGCACUGUGUAUUCUGAAAAUACACUUAAGAAUCUGAGGGAAAAUUCAUUAUGCUUAUUGCACACUGAACUUUAUUAGUUAACAUUCCUAAGCUCACUGGUGAUUAUAAUAUACAGAUGCUACUCAGAAAUGAUUGUUUUUGUCAAAGCUCUUCUGCAAGAAAAGAAGAUAUCAUCUGCUUUUUACAUUGCACUAAAACCACAGAGAUACGGAUUUUUCCGUGGUAGUCUGAGAAGCUGGUGGACCAGAAAAAGAAAAAAAUAUAAUUGGAAAUUUCUGUCUCUUGCUUUAUUAGCAAUGCUUAUAAUGGGUGCUUUGACAGCUAGAACUCUGAAAUGUGUGCUAAUGUCUAGAGCUUUUUCAGACUUGCUGGAAUUAAUAAA